AUGUUUUUUCUUCGUGGAGAGCGAUCUGCAUGGCUGAAACCCGCAGCACUGCCGCGAUACCUUCAGUAUAUGCCCGACGGGUGGGUUGACGUGACAGACACGAAGCACACAGAGUUAUCGGUAUUCACCCCAUCUACUGUCUUCUACAUCCCACAAUUCGUGCAAUCUGACGGUGCCGCGCCUUCUGCUAUUGCAUAUGAUUAUAAUACAUCUAUGCUUUACCGAUUUUCGGACCUAAGUCACAUGGAAUCGAGUCCACUUGGGUUGGACUCUGCGGAGAAGGCCGCCUGCUGUGUCUUUCGCGGAAAUGAGUAUCUGGUACUCCUUAUAAAGAGUACGGCAAAGCUGUAUGCACUUGCACCUGGCCAGCCCCCGCGCUACUUGGACAAAGCAACCAUCUAUGAACGCAUCGAAUACAUAUAUCUUGUAUCAUGUGAUUCGAAUCUAUAUUUAGUUAGCCAAUCCGACAAGUCUAUUAAGCUUCGCGGCCUGACUCCUGCAGACCCGUCAAGCCCAAACUUACACCUGAGAAAUAUAUCUGUUUUGCUUCAGCCGAUUGAGUCUCAGCGAGAGUCAGUGACCGGUCUCAAAGCAGGGGUUGGGCUAUCUUCUGCCUUAAGAGUGUCUAAACUGCACUAUGCUUUUCCCUUCCUACACAGGUACAUUGCCAUUUUGUACACUCCUUCUUUAGACCUUACUGACUCAUUAGAUCCUAAGAAGGUAGCGAUGCUUCCCGUCCGGAUAUUGUUGAUAGAUCCCGUGCUCAUGUCCGCAGACCACGUUGCCCACGAAGAGCCUGUUUCUAGACUGGAUAUGAUGAUUCAUAAGAUUCUUUCCUUUCAGCUUUACCUCCUGGCGAGGAUAGGACCUGAUGACUUAAAGCAGCGAGCUCAUAGACUAAGUGCAACUGUGCGAAGGUAUAACGACUUUAUCGAAACAGGGCGUAUAACUCUUCCAGAUGCUAUUCACGUCUGCUUUGAUAUCUCGAAAGAUAAGCAAUCUAGGGAUGAUCUAAAUCUGGGGGUUUCUUCCAUCGUGGAUCCCCAGCUCACCCGCCACACACCCCCGACAGAUCCCAUAGCAGAAACACCGGUCAUAGGGGAUGAAUCCAGCUUAUUUGGCUCCGCUCGCAAAAGCGUUCAGCAAUCUAUACGCAGCCUUCCCGAUGAAGAGCACUCCAGCCCUACUAAGGACUGGAUUAACCCAGGCGAGACACUAAGGAAUACUCUUCUCAAAGAAGGGGGAUCGCGGGCCUUCAGUCCUGCAAUGGAAUGUCCUCCUGCGCUUAUUGACACAUCUAGUAGAGAAGCUCAUGCAGCAGGUGAGAGGCUACACUCGCUGGACUCAACUAUGCAGCUCACAGACAUACAGAUGCAGUCUAAGGUCACGCACGGGACGUCCAAGCUCUCUCAAGAUGUGUAUAAGCCUUCUACAUCCACUGUGUCUGUGCACACGCUUCAAGCUCCUGAAGGUUCUGACUCUGGUGCUAUGAUGGCUCUAAUCACAAAUCUCUCUGGUCUGGUCGAGGCUCAGCAAGAGAAGAGCCGUGCAAUGGAUGCUCGAAUAUCUGAGCUAUCUACCGCGCUCUCCUCGGCCACAGAGACUAUAAAGCGCCUCGACCUAGAAAACGGUGAGCUCAGGGAGCGGGUCGUGUACCUGGAGGAGGUUCAUAACUCUAAUAUGAAAGGACCCCGAGCCUUGACAUAUAAUGAUCUGGGCCAGCUAAAGGAAGAAGUAUCCAUCUAUGCAAUGACAGACAUUAUCUCUACGUUCGAUCGGCUGGCGGACAAAGUUGACUCGGAUACAAACAAUCUCAAAACAAAAUUGUUCACAAUGAUUGACAAAGAGAUAGGUGCUAAAGUUGAGUCAUCACUUCGUCAAACUCUUGAAUCUUUAGAAAUGAAGCUCAGACAACAGCUCGAUAAGGAUUUAGAAGCCCUUACGUCUGGCUUAAGUUCCUCCAUAGAAACGCUUAAGUUGGAAGUCGUCUCCAAAGAGACCAUAUCAAAAUUGCUUAGCUCAGUCGUUGAGACAAACGAGGAGAGACUGUCCAGUGUGGUUAAUGAGCUCUCCAUUAGUCAAGAGAGAUCUAUUGAAGACACAACUAUUCAAUUGGGAAAGCUAGCUAAUGAGAUUGCAAUUGAAAACGCAAGAACAACCUCUCUCGAAACCAAUAUUGAGAAGGUGUGGGCGUCCAUGCAUGCUCUCGAGAGGGAAUGUGCUGCAUCGCUGCCACUCCAUUUAGAGAGUCACUUUCGGAGUUUUAUGAACACUAUGUUAACCACUGAGACCACACCAGUAUUUAGGGCCUUUUUCAAUCGUAGCCUUGAAGAGUACAUGACAUCUGCAGGAAGCUUAACUAACAAUCCACACAUUAAAAAUAUAGAAAAGCGGCUGGAGGAGGAAGCUCGUAGCAUGCGUUCUGAGUUCAGGAGCGAGAUCAAUGAGCUUGCAACGAGCCUCAAAAGAAUCAAUCUAGAAGCGGCGUUACCUCAUUCUUCUCUCACUGAUGCCACACUCAAAAGGCUUGCAGAGCAGAUAGAGGCCCAAAAUGAAUCCAUACUGAGCUUGCAGAUACAGGUUGGCGCCGCAGCAACAAAUGCUGCAGCGGCAACCACAGCGUCAUCUCUUGUAGAUAGCAAGACAGCAAUCUUCAAGUAUAUUAUUCAAAGGCUAAACACAGACUACCUUCCUACCUUUGCUGCUGAUGUAACAGCAAUUGUUAUUCAACGCGUCAAGGAUGACCUGGAGUCAGAUAGGGCCACGGCGGAUAACCGCGCACUUAUAGAGGAAGUCGUUACUAGCAGCAGAAUAAUCAACCAAAUAGAGACACUGUCAACUAGAACGUAUGUUAACUUGCUGGAUAAGAUACCUGGAAUUGUGGACCAGGAACUAAAGGAAAAGAUGCCUCACCAAAUAAACGAGCAGAUCGCUAAGCAUCUCGCAGAAGAGAUAUACUCUCUGAAAAAUAUUUCGUUCCUUGACACUCUGUAUGCACGAAUCGCUGAAAUGAUGGCCAAGGAGGGCAAGAUGCAAGAGAGUAUUGUGUCCUCUGUAACUAUGAAUAUUCUACAGGAGCUGUCUCGCAUUUCAAACAUUGACUCUCCUCUAUCUCCGCUGGCCCAGUUUAAGACCGGUUUGGUUUCCCAGAUGGGCAACAUGAUAAAGGAAUAUAUGAGAGAGUAUGCUUCCAAUCACUUAAAGCCAUCGCUCGUUACACAAAUGGAGUCUAUGGUUAUGACUUUGGGUGGCACGCAGCGCAUGUCCAGCACCCUGGGCGGGGUAGAAGAGGCCACGCGGACAUUCGCACAUCAAGAUUCCCAUGCAAUUGAAGGAGGCGCAAUUCUAUCGAGGCUAAAAAGCCUUGAGAAAAGGGUUGACCUUGCUAUGACUAGCUCACACGAUUCCAGUCGUGAGGGAGGUACUUCUGCUGAGAUCAUUGACGAGUUUUCCAAGGUCUACCUGGCAAUGGAAAAGCAAAGGAAGGAUAUCAAAGCGGUUCAAUUGAUGGCUAAGGCAUCCCAGGAUAAGUGUGACGAAUUAAACGUCCAUGUAGAAAAGCUGGAAAAUAAAACAGAUAAGUUGCACCACCUUCUAUUCAACCCAAAAUCGGUGAAGGGGAGUAAUAUAGAGAUGAUAUUAGCCAGAGUUGACAACGUCAUGCUAAAGCAAACAAAGCUCGAGGGUGAAGUAAGAAGCGAUGUCAAGGAGCUUAAGGAGUCGAUCGUCUACAUGGACAGAUACGUUGACAAGCUACGAGUGAAGUUUGAUGCCACUGAUAAGAGUUCUAGUGAUGGAUUGGAGCUGCACUCGGCAGGUCAUGUUUCUGAGCACGGAGGAGUAGAUAGCCUGACUGUUUCACAGCUCCGAGGGUCACGGCAUGGGAUAGGAAGCCAGCAUGGCAUUAUGACAACCCCGCUCGUCGACCGCUUGUGUCUCUUUAUGUAUGGAAUUGCACGUGUAUUGCAGAUAAAGAUGGGAGGUAGAUACUAUGGGAAAGCAAUCCUUGAAUGUGAUAAGCAAGAUAUCCGUGAGGUGAUUAACAUCUUGGAGCGCACGGUAAUAGACUACGUAAACUUUGAAUAG